AUGUCGCUCAACAUGCUGCUAUUGCCUCCAUGGCUUCUUGCCGGCUUCAUCACGGUCUAUACAGCCAUUUACUGGUUCUCGACUCGGCCUCAUGAUGCACGCGAACCACCCGUUAUCCCAUCGGGGAUCCCUUACGUUGGCCAUUUGCUGGGCAUGGUUCUCCAGGGCGGCCGCUACAUCAAAGAGCUCGGGCUUGAACACUCAAAGAAGCCCAUCUUUACCCUCGCCGUGCCCAACUCGCGCAUCUACAUUGUGACGGACGCAUCGUUGGCGGCAGCGGUCCAGCGGUCGUCGAGAGCCCUGUCUUUUACCCCUAUUAUCCCAGAAGUGACGGAGAGGGUUUUUGGACUCGACAAGGCCACCAAGGCGAUUGCUAGCAAGAACCUGGACCCCGGACCCGGCGAGACAGGAGGUUUUCUGUCCGAGAUUCAAGAAAUGACGUACGCGUGGCUUGGCCCGGGGGAUUAUCUCGGCCAACUGACUUUGGAGGCGGUACGGGAGAUGAAAAUCGAGGUUGAACAUUGCAAAAACAUGAUCAGUUUGAAAGUCAGCCAAACCGACACAGUUGAUCUUUUGGGCUGGGUACAGCGCCUCGUUUCCAUUUCAACGGCAAAGUAUCUGUACGGCCCCGACAAUCCAAUCGCUCGCAAUCCUGGACUCGUCGAGGCAUUCUGGGACUUUGACCACGGGCUCGGCCUGCUCCUUUUUAAUGUCCUACCCGCUAUAACGGCUCCGAGAGCGUGGAGAGGAAGAGAAAAGCUCGUGGCGGCGCUUGCUGAAUACCUCGAGAGCGGCACGUACAAGACGGGAUCGAAAAUCAUACAGGAGCGGGUGAGAAUAGCCCUCAAACAUGGCUGGACAUUGCAAACGGCCGCACGAGAAGAACUUUCCUUCUUGUUUGCGGGUAUAGUCAAUGCAACGACCUCGACGUUCUGGAUUGUCUUGCAGAUAUUUGCAAAUCCAGAUCUGCUUGCUGGUGUUCGCGGCGAGCUACAAAACGUCAUGAUCAAGGGAAAAGAGGCAGGCCCUAAUACUCUGGCCAUUGAUGACCUCCGAAAUAAUUGUCCGCUCCUGGUAGCAGUAUACCGAGAAUGUCUGAGGCUCAACUCGGACAACAACAGCAUACGCAUGGUCAAGCAGACAACCAUUCUCGCAGACCGCUGGUAUCUAGCAAAGGGAUCAAUUGUCCAGAUAGCUGGCGGCGUUAUUCAUGCCGACCCGUCAAUCUGGGGUUCGAAUGUGUACGAAUUCGACCCGACUCGUUUCCUCGGCCAUGACGGGUUGGAAUCCGAGAGACGAAAGGAACGACAGUUUCACCCGGCAGCCUUUCGGGCCUUUGGCGGAGGAAAGACUCUCUGCCCUGGCCGUCAUUUUGCCAUGUCCGAGAUACUCAGCUUGGUCGCCCUCAUCGUCCUGCAGUUUGAUAUCGAGGCACCCAAAGGUGGCAGGAUCAAGGUCCCGAAAAAGAAUGACACGGUUCUGCCCGUUCAUAUCUUGGAACCUGCUGAGCUGGUGAAAGUAUUGCUGAGACCUCGCGAUGGAGGGACCGUACGCAUUACUCUCACUCGCGAGUAG